AUGAUAUUAUUUGGCGAUCUCACUAAAACGGCUUAUACACGCACUAGACAAUCAAUCGCACUGAUCCAGCCCGUGAUUAUUAUGGCAGAAAUGCAACAGCGUUGCGGUCAUGAUGCAAUGCUAUAUGUAGCAAACAAUGGAUCUCGAGUUCCAGCUUCAUCAACGCCUAAUUUGACUGCAAGCCAAACUCCUGGAGCUAGGACCGAUUCUCAGGGCCAUAACGUAUUGAAUGGGACUCGAUGGAAGAGUAAGGGCAUCAAAGAGUCAGAAUCUGAGAUGAGGCCUACGGAUAAAGGUAAGGCAUCGCCCCUCAGAAAAUUAGUGGAGAGGGAAUUAAAUUAUUUGAGGCAAAUCCUAUGUCUUGUCGCAUUAGAAAUCCAUAUUGGUUUGCAUGAUUUUCUGCUGUCUAGAUUGCCUUUGAAGAUCAUGCCCUGA